CAGAAUCCAAUAACACACGGCGAGGACUGUACACAGUUCACUACCAAUCGAGAGCAAUCUCAGGGCAAAAAUGGAGAGCAGCGUUCCUGCUCUUCCCUCGGUUUUACUUAAAGAUGGAGAAUUGAAAGAUGUUGAGGCAAAGCCAGUGAUAAUUGGGGGUAUGGUGUUGGACAUACAUGCCACUCCUUCUGUGCCUGCAAAUCCAAGGACCACCACUCCUGGCAAGGUGCAUUAUAUACUAGGUGGUGUAGCAAGAAAUGUUGCCGAGUGCAUGUCAAAGCUCGGAGCAAAACCUUACAUGAUAAGUGUUGUUGGACUUGACAUGGCAGGAAAUUUGCUGCUGGAGCACUGGAAAUCAGCUGGACUGUCCCUAGAUGGAAUUCAAAGGCGCCAAGAUAUUGAGACUGCUGUUGUAUGCAACAUCUUUGAUGUUAAAGGAGAGUUGGGAGCUGCGGUUGCUAGUGUGGAAGCAAUUGAAAAAUUUCUUACACCUGAAUGGAUUCGACAAUUCAACUGUAAUAUACGUGCUGCUCCAGUAAUGAUGGUAGAUGCAAACUUAAGUCCUCCCACUUUGGAAGCAUCUUGCAGAAUGGCUGCAGAAUCUGGCAUCCCUGUGUGGUUUGAGCCUGUCUCGGUUGUAAAAUCCAAAAGAGUUGUUUCAGUUGUCAAGCAUAUAACUUUUGCUUCACCCAAUGAAGAUGAACUUAUUGCCAUGGCAAAUGCUCUGUCUUGUGGAGAAGUUUUUAGUCCAAUUCAAAAGGAUAACAAGAAAAAUAAGUGUUCGACAGAGUCUUUGUUCCAAAUGCUUAGGCCAGCAAUAUGGGUUUUGCUGGAGGAAGGUAUUAAAGUAGUUGUUGUGACUCUUGGAUCAGAUGGGGUGCUCUUAUGUUCUAAUGGAGCACCUGGAUUUAUGAAAGGAAGUUCGAAGGGUAGCAACCCUCACGGUUCUGGCAAUCAGUUAUAUAGAUUAGUGAAUUCAAGCUGUCCUCCAAAUCGAUUUUUUAGCGCUUCAAAGUUUGAGGGAGGCUCUAAUCUAUUCGCUGCACACUUUCCUGCACUUCCUGCGUCCGUUGUAAGGCUUACAGGGGCUGGGGAUUGCUUAGUUGGUGGGGCACUAGCUUGUAUUUGUGCAGGUUUGAAUGUUAUGCAAAGUUUGGCUGUCGGUAUUGCUGCAGCCAAGGCUGCUGUUGAGGUGGAUACCAAUGUGCCCACUGAGUAUAGUUUGGCCAAAAUAACAG